AUGGAGGCGAUGGAGGAGCUCGCGGAGCUCGCCGACGCGACGCUGCAGGGCGCCUCGCUGCUCGCGGACGACGACCCCUCCGCCGACCGCCCGAGCCGCCGCGGCUCGUCCUUCCUCACCGCCGUCGCGAUCGGCAACGUCGGAGCGGGCAAAUCGGCGGUGCUCAACGGCUUGAUCGGCCAUCCCGUGCUCCCUACCGGGGAGAAUGGCGCGACAAGGGCCCCGAUCUGCGUCGAACUGCAGCGGGACGCAUCGCUCAGCAGCAAGGCCAUCGUUCUGCAGAUCGACAGCAAGUCACAGCAGGUUUCCGCGAGUUCCCUCAGGCACUCGUUGCAGGACAGGCUGAGUAAGGCUGGUAGUUCUGGCAAGGGGCGGUCGGAUGAAAUCAAUGUGAAAUUGUGCACCAGCACAGCCCCUGCACUAAAAUUAAUCGACUUACCGGGCAUAGAUCAACGGAGCAUGGAUGAAUCAAUGAUUGGUAACUAUGCAGCACGCAAUGAUGCAAUUUUGCUAGUUAUCGUUCCAGCUCUCCAAGCACCUGAUGUGGCAUCUUCUCGAGCUCUAAGGAUUGCCAGAGAAUUGGACUCAGAAGGUACUAGAACCAUUGGUAUCUUAAGCAAAAUUGAUCAGGCCGCUGGAGAACAGAAAGCCCUGGGUGCUGUUCAGGCCUUGCUUGUAAACCAAGGUCCAAGAACUGCAGCAGACAUUCAGUGGGUAGCUACAAUUGGGCAUUCUGUUCCUACUGCCUCUGUUCAGUCUGAAGUAGGUUCUGAAACCUCACCAGAAGCUUCUUGGCAAGCAGAAGUAAAAGGCCUUAUAUCUAUACUUUGCGGAUCUCCCCAAAGUAAGCUUGGUCGAGUAGCUUUAGUUGAUUCACUUGCUAAGCAGAUAAAGACACGGAUAAAAGUUAGGCUGCCAAAUCUUCUGAAUGGUCUCCAAGGGAAGUCUCAAAUUGUCCAAGAGGAAUUAGCAAAACUUGGAGAACGGAUGGCCGAAAGUUCUGAAGGAACCAAGGCAAUUGCUUUAGGACUUUGCCGAGAAUUUGAGGAUAAGUUUCUUCAACAUAUUGCUGGGGGUGAGGGUGCGGGUUGGAAAGUUAUUGCAAGUUUUGAGGGGAAAUUUCCAACUAGGAUCAAACAACUACCUCUGGACAAGCAUUUUGAUAUGAAAAAUGUCAAAAGGAUUGUUCUGGAGGCUGAUGGUUAUCAGCCAUAUCUGAUAUCACCUGAAAAAGGUUUAAGGUCUCUCAUAAGAGGGCUUCUAGAGUUAGCAAAGGAACCGUCUAUACUCCUUGUGGAUGAGGUUCACCGUGUAUUGCUAGACAUAGUAUCAUCUGCAGCAAAUGCAACUCCAGGACUUGGUAGAUAUCCUCCAUUUAAGCGGGAGGUAAUUGCAAUUGCAUCUGCUGCUUUAGACGGUUUCAAGAAUGAGGCACGAAAGAUGGUCGUCGCACUAGUUGAUAUGGAGCGCGCAUUCGUACCUCCCCAGCAUUUUAUUCGCUUAGUGCAGAGGAGAAUUGAAAGGCAACAUCAAGAGGAUGAGCUGAAGAGUCGCUCUACAAGGAAGGGUCAAGAUUCAGACCAAAAGAGAGAUACAAGCCCACAAAAAAAUUCAAAUCAAGGUGAGAUGAAACAGGCAUCGAAUAUACAAGUUUUAGGUCCUGCAGGCGAAAUUAUUGCUGGUUUUCUGUUCAAAAAACGUGCAAAAGCAAAUGACUGGAGCAAGAGAUGGUUUGUUCUAAAUGAGAAAAGCGGAAAGCUUGGAUACACCAAGAAACAAGAGGAGAGACAUUUUCGGGGUGUCAUAAUUCUGGAGGAUUGUAAGCUUGAAGAGAAUUUAGAUGACGAAGAUCCUCCAAGAAGUUCUAAAGGUUCUAAAAAGGCAAAUAUGUUAGAUACUGGAGAAGAUUCUAGUCUUAUGUUCAAGAUUACUCACAAGAUUGCCUAUAAAAAUGUUUUGAAAGCUCACAACGCUAUUAUACUGAAGGCUGAAAGUAUGAGUGAUAAAACUGAAUGGGUCACCAAGAUUAAAAGCAUUGUUGACCAGAAAGGGGUUUCUGCAAAGAAACCAAAUGCUUCAGAAGGUGGUACGCCAAUGAAGCAAAGCCAUUCAGAUGUUUCUCUAGAUACAAUGCUUAAGAAACCUGUGAACCCUGAAGAAGAGCUUAGAUGGAUAUCUCAGGAAGUCCGUGGAUAUGUGGAAGCAGUCUUGAGCAGUCUUGCAGCAAAUGUUCCCAAGGCUGUGGUUCUUUGCCAAGUUGAGAAAGCUAAGGAAGAUAUGCUUAACCAGCUGUAUACGUCUAUAAGCACGCAAAGCACAACCAAGAUUGAAGAGUUAAUCCAGGAGGAUCACAAUGUGAAGCGCAAGCGUGAAAAGUUCAAGUUGCAGUCAUCCCUUCUUUCCAAGGUCACUCGCCUGCUCAGCAUACAUGAUAGUCGGUCAGCCAAUGCUAGUUGGUCAAACGAUUCUGCUGGAUCAGAGAGUAGUCCAAGGGACACUGGACAUGGUGAUGAAUGGAAGUCCGCAUUCGAAGCUGGAUCCACCAAUUCAUCUUCUGGAGCAACCAGCCGCCGCAUGCCAAGUCGAGGGCCACCACCGCCGCCACCAAAUGGUGGCUGACCAGGAUUUCCAAGGAGCACAUCUGUUAGUGUUUGCUCCCCACAGCCUUAAGCAGUUGAUCUGAGUUUUCAGAAGAACACGUGAGGCAUAGCGAAGG